AUGGAGGUCCGACCUCCUGCAACGCAGUUUGACAGAAACACUGGCACUAGCACUGGCGGCUAUAGACGCAAGCUGAAUACAUCAUGCUGGAUGUGCAGGAAACGUAAAGUCCGAUGCGAUGCCACGGCCGACAAGCCCUGCACAGCGUGCAACCGAGCCGGGAUUGAAUGCAGAGCGCAUCCAAAUCAGCUCCAACCAGUCAGAGCUCGUCGGCGCCGGGCUGCUGCUCAGACCAGCCCGGUGACAGUCUCGUCGCCUCUCCAGGCUGAGAUAAAUCCUCCUCUGAACUCUAACCUUUCCCGGUUUUUUGAGGCGGGGAUCAUUUCCUCCAACUGGAGCGGGUUCGAGGAGAAUGGAACCUUUAGAAACGUAUACAUCGGCACUGAUGUUGCCAAUCUGCACCAUCUGGUCCAGGACCACGAUGAGCAUGAGCAUGAGCAUGCUGGAAGCAACUUCCUCUGCUACCCCUUUCCUGCAAUCCGCGAUGAACUACCGUGGAAGCCGCAUCCUGAUAUGAUAGGUCGUCACCACUACCUUACCGCAGAGUCCAUAAACGAUUUGAGCAGCUUCCCAGUCCGGCCAGUGCGAGAUGCACUCGUAGAGACGUAUUUCAGGGACAUACACCCGGGUUUCCCAGUCAUUGAUGAAGCUGAUUUUCGUCGAAGAUACGCAGACCCCAAAGAUCCGCCGCCGUUGUUGACCUUCCAGGCCAUUCUUUUAGCAGCAGCUCGCAUAACUGAUCACCCGCAAGUUGCUGCAUCGCGUGCGAUGACCACCGCCACCUUGUACAGGCGGGCCAAGACGCUUUUUGACCUGAGACACGAAAGUGACCGCGUUGAUCUUAUCCAGGCCGCGCUACAUCUGGCUUGGUAUACGGAGAACCCGGAUACGGUGGCCAGCAAUGCCUAUUAUUGGAUCGGCAAUGCCACACGCAUUGCAUUUGGUAUGGCCCUACAUCGAACGCCAUCUCUCCGCUAUGUGCCGCCUCAGAGGAUUCGGUAUUAUAGAAAAUACAAAAAGAUAUGGUGGAUGCUUUUGUAUAGUGAAGUGAUGCUGGCCCUGGAGUACGGCAGACCCUGUAUGAUCCGCGCGGAAGAUUUCGACGUCGGGCCGCUAGAAGAAGAUGAGGACUUCAAGAACAUGGAUGACUCGGAAGAUACACUUGUGAAUCGUAAUUUCUGCUUUGUGUUGGCUGAUAUCUCCCUCGUUGCAUUGGACGUGGUCAGUCUCCGGGCGCCUAGAGGUAAACAUCCAACUGAUCUCAACGUCGAACGUCGCCUAGGACAAGUGGCAAUGCGCAUACCAGCAAGCCAUGAUGUGUGGUCCUGUCAACUCCGGCUUGUAUACAACCUGGUUGUAUUAGUAGUCUAUCGAACCAGCAGCGAAGGAGUUGCAGCCAGACUCUGUUCCGAGGCUGCAUCCAAUAUCCUCACUACCUUUGAAGCUAUGGUAGCGCAAGGCACACUUCGACUAUGUCACCCGCAGAGCAGCAUCACCGCUCUCAUGGGAGCCGCCAUCCAAUUUGCGCGCGAGGUCAGAGCAGCUGUUGUCAAGGGUGCCAUUGUGACGGCCAUUUCGACUCAGGGCCAAUUAGAACGACUUUUGGUUCCGGCAGAUGCUCUUUCGCCGUAUUUUGCAAACAUCGAGGCAGUCUGCAGGCUAUGCAAGAGCCUGAAUGAACGUGCUGGGAUGCUCAUCAGGGAAUGCCAGGCUCAGAAUUCCACUUCGCUGUCAACUUCUCAAUUGCCUGUCAAAGCGAGUAUUGAUUGGGAAGAUAUCAUGACGAAUUAUCGCAUGUCGAACGUUGGUUCCGGGCUGGAGAUUGAUGACUGGCUGAAUGACUACAAUAUUGUCGAGUGCUAG